GCAAACCGCGCAGCAUCCGCGAUCAGUCGCGCGCCACUUCGCGCAUGUGUGGUGCGCAUCAUAAACAAAUCAUGAUUGCGUAAAGUUACGGCUGAUUAGUGCAGAGUUUAAGUGUUGUGUGUGUAAUAGAAGACCAACGAGGCUACAAGAAAAACAGUACUAACUGUAGUCAAGAAACAUACAGUGGACAAACACAAUGACUCAAUGGACGUGGAGACAUAAUGCGUCCUGUUGCAUCGGUCAUCUUCGGAAAGGCGAUGAGCCUUCGGAACUCUUCGCGAGGUCAUGGCGAGGGCGAGUGUCCCCCCUGUUUUGGAGGCUGCCGAUCCUGCUUUGGUCUUUGGCAGUCAUCGGCUGGUCAGGUGCCGGCUUCUGGGGACCGCCAGAGAUGUUCUUCCUGUAUAUGACGCAUUGGGGGCUGAUACUGAUUUUGGUGGAAUCUUUGUUCGGAGUCGCAGUCACGACGAUGAAGCAUUGCGGAACAUUGCCUGAUGCAACGUUUGGUCUACCGUGGUAUGUCAAGACUUACUGGGUAUUGUACAACAUCACCGUUCCUGUCGCAUUUCUCAUCACUAUAUUCUACUGGGGCGUUCUAAAAACAUCCGGAAGAAUGGUGAACUACGCCCCAAACCCGGUGCUGGACGUGAUGCUGCACGGCGUCAACUCGCUGGUGAUGCUCGUGGAGCUGGUCGCGUCGGCGCACCCCUCGCGGCUGGUGCAUAUCAUGCAGCCGCUGUACUUCGCACUGGCAUAUCUGCUGUUCUCUGUUGGAUAUUAUACGGCUGGUGGCUUGGACCCAUGGGGUAACCCUUUUAUUUACCCCGUGAUCGACUGGUCGAAGCCGAACCAGACGAUGGUGGUGGUCACGUUGACUGCACUUUUCCUGGCUCUGAUGCAUAUCCUUACUGUUGGGAUUGCUUCACUACGUGACGUCAUCUCGCGAAAGUACAUAAGAGAUUCUACAGGGGUCUAUAAUGACGGAUUCAAGGCUUGAACCGUAAAUUCGAAAAAGUGAAGAACCAAGUGAUCCCAAGUGUGACUUGAAUACGUGUUUAAGCUGACGUGUAAAUUUGCAGAUCAAAUAAGCAUUGGUGCUUGUCGUGCUAAUAUGUGCUUUACUUAGACUUAGAACACUAUUUAUAUCUAAAUAAGGGCCUGCCGGCCGUCAAUGUGUCAUGGACUUGUAUUCCUAAAGGUGUUGUACGUAUUUUUCCUCGUUAUGUUCGACCCCGUUGUCCGCCAAUGCCAAACUACAGCGCCUUACCUAUUCGUUAUUAUCAACGCCUGAUGGUUUAGUCAGGUUAGACUUACCUACCUAGUUAAAUUAACUACAGGCGGUCUUUACUUUUUAAGACUUGCAAGUGCUAACUAAGCUAAAGUAAAUGAAGAGUCCAGGGAAAAACAAUUAGAAUAUAAUUUUUAGAUUUGUUAUUCAAUUGUUUCUUGUAUAAGUAACUGUUAUCAUCUGUUGUUUUUAAAAUAGGCGAAUUAAUUAUAACUUUAUCCACUAACUUCUUAACUAAUUUUUCAAUUGUUGUAUUCAAAAGUUAUUUUAUUGUGUACAAACAUACAUUUUGCCAUACACGUAGUAUGUCGUAGAAUUGACUAAUGUAGUUGAUCCCCUGGACUCUUAUCAUAUCUUAUAGUAUCAGUUUAUGAUAUUUAAUAAUUAAAAUAACAAUGAAAGUUGUUUAUUAUACGCUACGUUCAUUGGCAUUGGAUAGUUAUAAACAAUAUGAACAUAGACAAUGGACUAUUUAU